AUGGGAGAUACUGAACGUUAUUCUCAAAGAGAAAUAUCCCAGUGCCUGGAUCCUCAAUCGACCAAGCCAGCCCAGUCUCCAGGUUCAUCAGGGCCCGCGUCAGAGACAACCUUCAAAGGGCCGGAGCCAGCUACCCCAAGGUCGAAAUUUGGCAAUGCCAACGACAGGAUCGGAAAGCCUGAGGUCUCAGAAUCAAAGCGCCAGAAAAUUCCCCAAAACCCACCCAAACCAGCACCCAAACCCCUCCCUCAGAUGGUCACGAAGUUCGAGGAUAUCCCCGCCCACACGGCCAAAUGCGACACAUGCAACCACCGGAAUAAUAAAGGCAUGAUCCGCUGCAGUGGCUGCGGCUGGCAACUAUGUCAGGACUGUCGGCAGAAGCGUGGUGGAGAUCUCAGCCACCCAACCUUCGACUGCUUGCACACUGAGGCACAUCAUCUCCGAUCGGGAAGUGAAUCUCUUGCCGCAUCCCCAGCCGCCAGCCGGUAUCAGACACCAGUGGCUAAAACGCCCGAGGAACAGGCGGCGGAAAUUCUUGCUGGCCGCCGAUAUCAAACACCGGUGCCUCGAUCUCCUGAGGAGGAGGCUGCAGGAAUCCUCGUUGACAUGAGCUCCUCGCCUCAGGUGGGGGAGCGUAAUGCCCUGUCGUUUCCCCCUCCUCCGUCUUCAAAGCAAGGUCGCUCAGGGCCCUCGACGCCCACGCCUUCGGCCCGGAACAAUCGACGUGGCACUCAAAGUAGUGCCGAGGAUAGUCACGAGACUUUGGCCGCCCCUUCUUCGAUUGACCUUGAGGGUACUCUGACGCCUCAUGACUGGGUGCGUCGCAACCCUGCCCGAAAUGCUCGUCCUUCUCGGGUCAGAUUCGAUUAG